CCCAGCGUCAUCGUGCCGGGCCACGCGAUCGUCGGUGAUGUCGCCGACAUUGACUCGCCCGCGUUCACGGCCAAGUACAUUCGCGACUUUGACAUCGAGACGCCCAAGGCCAAGAACAGCACGGACCUAAUUGCGGCCAUGACGGCGUUGUAUCCCAAGGCCGGCAGCGUCACCAGUCUCGAGAUCAGCGCCAAGGUCGCCAAGGGCGAAUUGAAGUGGUAG